CCGCCUUUGCCUCCGUACGUUAGUGACUGACUGCUGAUGACUCACAAAUACAUCAACAAUCCGCCUGCAAGACCCUCCCCUGUAGUUCUCUGCUGCUGCCCUGCCUCUUACUACCGGAGAGCAGCUGCAGCACCGAUGGAGAAGAAGCAAGGAUCCUCUCACCAGUAUGGUUCACUGGAGCACACCACAUGGAGCGGAGACGCCAAAAAAACAGAGGACGAUGUGGUGUCCAUGGCGGACUCCACCAUUACUGUGGAUGACAUUGAGGGGGAGCUCUUCAAGAUUGAAAGGAUCAGGGACAUCCUGGUCAGGAGGGAGUCAGAGCUCAGAUACAUGAUGGAUGACGUUCAGCUGUGUAAAGAGAUUACGCGACUGAAGAAGGAGCUUCACAAAUUGGUGUCUAUACCAGAUAAGGACAAGUCCAACGAAGACCGACAGAAGGAGGACGAGCUGCUGCAGCAGAUUCACAAACUGGUGGAGACCAGAGAUUUCUUAGUGGAUGAUGUUGAGUUUGAACGCCUCAGGGAAAAAGAAGAAGAUAAAGAAAUGGCAGAGUUUUUGAAAUCCCGAUUGCCAAGAAACUUGAAGAAAUCAGGUGCAUCAUCAAGAAGGGUACCAGCCAGAGCUCAGCAGACUUCCUCCCCUUUCACCAAGACAGGCCUCACCCUGCUGAAGGAGUGUUGUGGCUUUACGUGCUCCAUCAUGUAGACAGUAGCCAAAGCGAAAGACUCACACACCAAGAUCACCAUUCCAAGAGAGAUGUGUAUAACCACAUUCACCAAUUAGGUUUGAGAAAGAGACGCAAAGAGACAUUAAUGGAGUUGUGCACAUCUGUGGAAACUAUUUUGUUGCAAAAAUGAUCAGAAUAUUUAUUUUUGCCUCUAUGUCUGUGCUUCUCAUCCCAGUGUAACCUACUGUAAAUACUUUCUUUUAUACCCAACUCUAGAGGCUCAGAGCAGCCAAGCCGGCAGCAGCUGUUGGUGUGCACACUAAUUGGAUUCAACCAUCAUGACUCAGCCACGAGUUGUAUAUUCAAAGUUUUCAUGCAUCUCCGAUAAUUGUCAUCUCCUUUUCAAAGAGUUCCCAUUUUGCAUUGAGCAAGCCAGACUAGACACAGCUAGAACUUUAUAAUUAGUGUUAGGGAGAUAAUGGUGAUGAAACUGACCGUGAGGUCUGUCAGCACGAAGCUGUGUGAAGCUUGGCGACAGACGAACGUGGGUUUGACCUUUAAAAAAACGCUGGUGUAUAAAAGAGGAAACCGAGUACGGUAUUUAUGUUCCACUUUUCCCUCCAACAUCUAAAUCGAUUCAGAAGUUUAAACUUUUUUUUAUUUGCUUUUGAAUGAAGUUGAAAUUGGAUAUCUACCUAUAUAUAUAUAUAUAUAUA